CAUCAAUGACAUAUUUGUCGUCUAUAUUCGACAUCAAUUCGAAACUUCAAGUCAUUUGAUGUUGUAUGUAUUCUUAUACUAAUACAGAGUAACUGUUUUUAUCUGGGAUACUUUUCAAGUGAAGAUCACUGGAGACUGAGAAAAUGACGGAGACUGAGUGGAGUGCUGAAAAAGCUGUGGCUAUCGCCAUUUACAAUCUGGAAGUGGUCGAGCCAAAUGUGGUGUCAUUCAAACACGGAGAUUUAUUUCAAGUUCAAUUCUCGUCCGAAGAUUGGUUCUACGGGAAAAGCCUGAUAACUGGAAACAAGGGACUGAUUUCAAGGCCACAUGUAUUCGUGAUGAGUCAGAAAGAGUACCCCGUUGAAUACGAAUGUCUAACUGACAGCAUUCGUCUGGAGAUGUUCACAUCUUUGUUCCAGUGGACGGAGAAGUUAAAGCAACAGCUCUGCUUCGGCACAUACUUGAACUCUCGGCAGGGCUAUGACAAACCAUUGGAGGCUAUCAAAGAUGCUCUCGAGGAUUUCACGCAGUACAACCGGAAAAUAAUAUUCAAAGGCGACCAACAAAGACUGUACAAAAUAAUCGAUGCUAAUAAUAAGUACUUUGGACUGGCUAAGAAGUUCCGGGACUCCGGAGGCAGGGUGCGCGAUCUGGAUAGGGUGAUGUCAAUCAACAUCUGUGAGACAGGCAGCAGACUCAUAGACCAGGCCAGGCAGCAGAGAUCUAUGUCUAGCGAUUCGACCAAUGUGAACAUCAUUUACCAGCUGAUAAUUAACACCAAAGGACUCCUCUUCAGAAUCAGAAAACACGACGUCGAUGUGCCACUAGUCUACGUAUUUGCCCUCCUGGACAACAAGAGCUUCGAAUAUAUAUCGGAGCCGAUUGCUGUACGCAAAUACGCCUGCAAGUCGCACGAACUCUCAGCCAAUGAGAGCGAAGAUAGGGAGUUGACAUAUUCUUUCACUUCUGAUUGGCUGAGAAAACAACUGCGCCUAUGUGGAAUUAACGAAUCACGGGUGAGAACGGAUUUACUUGACAAUGUGACUAUAGCGUGCUGGGCGGUGGCUACUGGUGACGAUAUUAAAAACGAGAGGGGAGCUUCGAACCCUAAACUGAAGAGUUUGCCCGAUGUACAAAUCCCAAUGUACAGUGGAUCGAACCCAGCAGUGAUUUCUUUCCCCUACGACUCGGCUCUCAAUUCGAAGACGAAUACCCGAAUCAGUCUGAACGAAGUCAGUGUUGAGUUGGCGGGUCGAAUAGAGUUCAAAGGAAGCAAGACUAACCGCACAGCCAGCAUGGGCGAUGAACUGGGAAGAAAUCAGAACAACUCACACCCUAUAAACGUGUCUCUGCUGGCCAAGAAGAAACUGACAACUUUACAUGCGGAGUCAAGAUUAUCCACACAAUCCCAACAGGAGCAGGUUCCCCACCAGGAGGGGGAGGGACUUUUUUAUGGGGUGGGAGAGACACCCCUCCCCUCAUUCAGUUCAACAGAAGGUGCUUCUUUUCAGAUGACCAGAAUAUCUGUGGAUAUCCAGCCUUCAUUUGCGAUGGAAAGCAAAUCGAUCUUGAAGGGGUCUCCUAAGUUUGUUUUCUCCUCGCUGAGCAUCGCAUAUGCAAAUACUCUGACAGCGCGGGAACGACAAGACCUCGAAAAUCCGAAGAUAUUUGUUCGACCCUACACCAACUGUCCCACGUGGGCAGGCGACAGCUUUGACAGUGUAGUAGAGGUCAUCUCGAACAACAGUGGCAACAAAAGGUCCUUGACCUCUUCUGACCCCGACCACCUGUCCCUGUUCAUGAACAGAUGCCACGUGGACAUCGAAUUGGAAGAUGAUAAACAGGCAAACGAGUGGAAGAAAAAUCUGCCCUACCUCAUGUUUGAACUGCGCAGAUCUAGAAUAGCAACUGACUACAAGGACCUGCUGACUAAAGCGUGUCUGACUGACAACGUGGAACAUUUCAAGAUCCUCGGCUACUGUGUCAUGCCUCUGUUCGACGAAGUGCUUCCUCGCAACGGGGAGUACCAGCUAAAAGUACUUAACCUCUUGCAAGUGAACGAGAUCCUGGGCACUAGACCACGUGAAAACUCCAAAAUUGUCACGUGGCCUUUCUCUUCUUGGGCCAUUGACGUGUUUAAACGCGACGACAGCGACGGCGGCAGAAGUUCUCAGUGCAACUUGACCAUCGAUUUCUCAAUCUCAUCCCAAAUUCUGAUGAAUGAAGGGUUUGUGCCUCAAUUACUGAAUUUACCCGACACCCUUAAAAUACUUCUGAUGGAAAAAGAUUUCAUCCAACCUCAUGAGCUUGACAAGUCCUUGAACAGUAUCCGAGAUUUCUUAAAGCAGACCGAAAGCGAGAGGGAAAAGAACAUCGAUGUCUGCCUCAGGUUCCUGAAGAAGAUGCUGCAGUCUCUGUUCGAAUCGAUUCUGUUUAUCUUCAACAAAAUGGAAGACAAUCAGGAGAUCCUGGAACUUCUCAUCGAACUUAUGAUAGACCUGUGUUGGGCAGUUCACAGGGAGGCAUCUCAGAACCAGGACUUCAUCUCAGGGGCCUCUUUGAAGGCACUCUCAAUUGUGAACCAGGACUUAGUGAAGGAACGCCAGAAUCAAAGCAGACAUACUAUUUACGUCAUUUUAGAAACAGAUCAAGAGAGUAAUCAUUACAAAAUCAAGCUCGUUUUGUAG